AUGGCUGACAAAAGUGCAUUCGUGCCUGUUGAAGCAACGGGUGGCCUUGGUACACGACCAGCGGAACUUGAUAUCGAUAUCGAUGAUGAUUACUUUGGAGGUGGCAAAAAGCAGGAGCAGGCACCGCCACCCCCUCCUCCACCGCCACCUCCACCUCCACCACCACCACCACCACCACCCAAAAAGACAAACGAUACCAAAAAGGUUUCAUAUUAUUUAGAAAUUUGA